ACAGAGAGGUGUGAUAAAUGUGGCGAGGGUUUCACGGGAACGUGGGCUCUGAAGACCCAUAUGCUGGUUCACGGCAUGGAGAAGCCGUUCAUGUGCGACCUGUGUGGGAAGACCUUCUUCUACAACUGUCAGCUGCAGAAGCACCAGCAGCUGGUCCACAAUAGCAACAAGGAUGGACAGGCGGCCGGAGGUGUGGCGGGUAGACGGCGACAGGGCGCGGUUAAGCCCUACAGCUGUAAGAUCUGCCUGAAGAGCUUCAGCACCAACACCACGCUGAGGACGCAUGAGAAGAGCCACGCCGAGAACAAAGAGUUUACCUGCGACACCUGCGGAAAGUCCUUCCAUCUGCGCCACCUGUACCUGUACCACAUGAGGCAGCACAGCGGCGCCCGGCCAUACGUCUGCAACGUCUGCGACAAAGGUUUCCUGCUGACAUGGCAGCUGAAGCAGCACGAGCUCCUGCACACUGGCGUCAAACCUCACAAGUGUCAACAGUGUGGCAAAGAAUUCAGGACUCCGCAGAACUACCACCGCCACCUGCUUGUCCACACCGGAGAGAAGCCCUACGAGUGCGUCGUGUGCGGCAGGAAGUUCAGGCAGUCCAACCAGCUCAAGUCUCACAUGCAGAUCCACACCGGCGUCAAGCUAUACGCCUGUGAGCGCUGCGGCCAUGGCUUCUCCGACUCACGGCAGCUGAAGAAACACCGCUGUGGAGAGGACUUCCAGAGCAGUGAGCCUGGCGGCAGGCGCAGGAAGCAGAAGAACGCCUUCCCCUGGACCGAGGGCUUCACGCACGAGUGACAUCAUCAAUCGUUAAGUCACACGGGUCUGUGUGUUAGCUUAGCAUAAAGACUUGAGGUGGGGAGAAACUGUUAGCUUAGCUUAGCAGAAAGACUGGAGGCAGGGGGAAACUGUUAGCCUAGCUUAGCAGAAAGACUGGAGGCAGGGGAAAAGUGUUAGCUUAGCUUAGCAUGAAGACUGGAGGCAGGGGGGAACUGUUAGCUUAGCUUAGCAGAAAGACUGGAAGCAGGGGGGAAACUGUUAGCUUAGCUUAGCAUGAAGACUCGAGGUGGGGGGAAACUGUUAGCUUAGCUUAGCAGAAAGACAGGAGGCAGGGGGAAACUGUUAGCUUGGCUUAACAUGAAGACUCGAGGUGGGGGGAAACUGUUAACCUAGCUUAGCAUGAAGAUGACUAGCAGGGGGAAACUUAGCCUAGCUUAGCAUGAAGAUGACUAGCAGUGGGAAACUGUUAGCGGGGCUCAGUCCAGAGUUCUGACUGAUAAAACCAGAGACGUGUUUCUUGUAUCGAUCCAGAGACAUGAGAUAAAUAUGUUUAACUAUUCCUUUAAAUGAAUCUUCUUUACUUUUAAUAUUUGAAAACAAAAAACAGACUUUAAUGAAACAGAAGAUAAUAUUGUUUAUAGUUUGACUGAAGAAGAAAGAACUUUGACUUCUGUUUGUUUAAAUGUUUCAGCUUCACUGUUUUACUGUUGAAUUAAAGGGCUGUUACUCAAAUGA